AUGAACUCUAACUUUUACUUCAACUCUCCUCAAGGAUCUAUCGCUCAGAGCGUCUCCUCUGGCCCUUCUUCUUCAACUUCUCCAUUGUCUUCAAUAUCUGCUACUGCUUCUUCUGCCGCCACCGCGAUUUCUUCUUCGUCUUCUUCGUCUUCUUCUCCAGGAGGCCAACAACAACAAAAACAACAACAACAACAACAACAUCCAAACCAAAGCCCUUACGCUUCUUAUCAUCAUCUUAAUUCUCACCAUAACCAACAACAACAACAACAUCAACAACCAUCUGCUUCCUCGGCACUUGAAACUUUAGGCUCGAUUCAAGGAAUUUCUACUGGACUUGGGGGAAUUAGUAGUAUUAAUAAUCUAAUUAACAGUACUACCAGCAGCCCAUCCACCGCGUCUUCAUCCUCCUCAAGUAUUUUUUCAUCUGCAGCUGUAUCUUCUUCUUCUUCAUCUGCAGCUGCUCCAUCUUCUGUGUCUUCUGCUUCGGGUUCUUCAUCAACCAAUCAUCAUCAUCAUCAUCAUCUACCCCAUCAACUAGCUUCUCAUUCUUCUCAACAAUCGGGAUAUUAUACUGACGCUCAACCACACACAGCCACUUCGUCCUCUUCGGUCAUGUCUUCCACUACUACCAAUAAUAAUCCUUUGACCUCUCCUACAAUAACUCAUCAUCAACAACAACAACAACAGCAACAACAUCAUCACCAUAAUCAACAACAACAAAAUAGUCGAGCAGGUCCUGGAAUGAAUAAUAUAAACGCGCUUCUUAAUCUCCCAGACAUGCGGAUUCAAGAAUCCUUGGGUUCUGCAGACCAACAACAACAACAACAACAACAGCAGCAACAGCCUCACGUCCACUACCAACAGGACCCAUAUUCUAGGCAUCCCAACCAAUUGCCACCACAGUCUCAGCUGUUACAACAUCCUCAGCCUUCACAGGCACUACCACCACCACCACAACAACAACAACAACAACAAAAAGCAGCACCACCACCGCCUCAACAACAACAACAACAAACCAAUCACCAGCAAAUGACUCCUGGAAAUAUGUUUGUUUUACCACCAUAUGAAGGUAUCAGUAUUAUUCCUGAACUCCUCAUUGGCGAUUAUGACAAGGAGGACAGAAUUUUACGCCGUCUCCAAAAGCGAGAGCUCAAAACAAUCUCGGAAAUUAAAAAGUUUCGAGAUGAUGCAUGGCAUCUUUGUAACCAGUAUGCCCUCGAAUGCGGCGAUGUGUCCUGGCUUGAACAUAUUUCUAGCUACUCUCCUCCUCAACGCUUGCCGGCUGGUUCCGGCGGCUCUCCUAAUGGCAACGGUGGUGGCAUCACUGGAGGUCCCUCAAGCACUGGUCAGAUUAUUAAAAACAUUACUACUGAAGAUGCUUUAGCAGCAGCUAUGGCAGAAGCAGGAGCUUCUGAAAAUGGUCCUCCUAAUGAUGAUAGGCUCUUUACGAUUCGUACUGUCCAAGAACACUGGAGAGAACAGUAUGAGGCGUUUCUUGCACGUUUCAAUCUCAAUAUGUUUACUCCGCUCCCUGAAAACUUUACAGUCCCCGGGUACUUUGCACAUUUAACAAAUGCCAAGGAGGCUUUAAAAAAGGUUGAGCUCCGUGAUAAGCGGUUAGCCAAACUACGAGUUGAUUUUUAUCAACGCAAGGACUCUAUUGAGCGUGAAAAGGAUUCAAAUGGGGUCAGCAAUAAUGUGACUCCUACACAAGACCAACAACAACAACAGCAACAGCAACAGCAACAACAAGACUUUACCACGGGGAUGCCGCAAAAUGCGUAUUACUCGGACCCACAGUCUGAUUUAUCUCAGCAACAGCAGCAGCAGCAUCAGCAACAACAACAACAACAACCUCAACAGCACCACCAAUAUGCACCACCUCUUUCACAAAAUCAAUAUUUGUAUUCGCAGUAUCAACAGCAGCCACAACAACAACAGCCACAAAUGGGUCCGGCAGUCACGUCGUCAACUGGCUCACCGGCACUUCCUCUCACACCCAAUCCUUCGGGAGUAGGUGCCAUGAGCUCAGGUGCAUUGCCUCCGGGCUCUGUCGGGGUCCCAACCCCAGCACAACCAAAUGAUCCAUAUGGCUACGCUACGCAACAACAACAACAACAACAACAACAACAACAUCACCGCCAACAACAAUAUAAGCCGGCAAACAUGUUGUAUGGUUCUGAUGGAAGUUCUAAUGGGUCUAUGAUGGCGACUCCAGCGGGAUAUGGUGCGCUACCGCAACAACAACAACAACAACAGCAGCAGCAGCAGCAACCUUAUGGGAUUGAUGGAAAUAAUGGACAUGGAGAUGGAUCCAAUAGUCCAUAUAAUCUUCACAAUAAUGGCAAUUCUCGCAAGCGGACUUACCAGCAAGAGUUUGGUGAAGAUAGCAGUGGGUCUCUUUCUCAUCGAGGGGCACCACCACCUCCACAAGCAUCUUCUGGUCUUUUAAACUCUUCAGGAAUGUCGGCUACUACAGCAGCAGCAGCAGCGGCGGCGGCGGCGGCAGCAGCAGCAGCGGCAGCCAAUGCUGGAGCUUCUGCGGCAUCGGCAUCGACUACGUCGUCUUCAGUACCAUCAUCAUUUUGGCAUGAUGAUAUGUAUGCACAGGAUUUGUCUUCAGUGAGCAAAUUUUCUAAACUUGUGUAA